GUUUUCGCGGUUCGGCAAGUUGCGACGUUCAUUGUCUGCUGGAGUGGGAAGCUUUGAAAGCCGUUCGCCGCUGCGACGUGUUUUGUGGCGUUUGGAUCCCGACGCGGGCCGCAGUUUGAAUCAAGAGCCAUCAGCGAACCGACUGCCAAGGCAUGGUGCUGUUCCAGCAGCUGACGGAGGCGUCUCAGCUGCCGACGCCCGGCCGCAGCGACUUGCACAACCGUGAGGCCGUCAACCGAAGUCCCAUGUCGACGGCCACCCAAUGCGCAAGCAAACUGCAAGCGCUGUUGGCUGGCCACCGAAAUGCGCCGAGCAACGAGCUGCGGGCCGUGCUAAGCAAAUAUAGCGACACUCUCGAAGCAAGCAUCUUGGAGACUGUAAGAUCAAUGAGUGGCACGUUCUGCGCUGCAUACGUGCAGAACUUGCCCGAGCAGCAAGGCAGCUGCACGGACGUUGACCUUGCUCGCCGACAGCUUCAGAUGGGCGAGACGUUGUUCUACAAGGCUCUGGAAAGCAUUGUAAUUGAAUUGAAGCACCAAAAGCCAGACACCGACCUUUCCGUUUACCUCUGCAAGAGUGCUUUCCAGCAGUCACUGUUUGCGUGCUGCUUGGAGAUUGUGAUGUACUGCUACAACUCACAACGGGAAUUUCCUUGGAUCUUGGAGGUGUUCAAUCUGAAGCCUUACGAUUUUUGCAAGAUCACCGAGCCUUUGAUUCGAGCUGAGAAAGGCUUGUGGAGGGAAGUCAUCAAGCACCUCAAUCAGAUCGAGGAGCAGAUUCUGGAGUGUCACGCGUGGAAGGACGACUCUCCCCUGUGGGAUGUGAUCAGACGGGCUCAGCAGAACAUUCCCCAAUGCAAAGAGGUCUUUCCUCAGUGGCGAAUCGAAACAUUCCAAGAAUCCCUCAAAAAUGAUGACAGUGCAUCUUCAAUGGCGCACCCAUCACUGGGUGGCUCAGGAAGUAACCAGGGCCACUUAGACACAAACAGAACAGGCCUUCAGAAGAGCAGUUCGGGCAGUUGUCAUGGCAGGACUGUAACGCAGGCUGAUCCUGCAGUGCCAUCGCCUGAGGCUUCCGGAGAUAACAGGCCUCCACGUUGCGACUCCCUGGCGCUCUUCUUUCGAAAGGUGUACCACUUGGCGGCUGUGCGAUUUUUGGACAUGUGCGAGAGACUGGGCAUUCAGAAGGACAUCCAGCACAAGAUCUGGACCUGCUUCGAGCAUUCCCUCGUGGCACACAUCGACCUCAUGAGAGAACGGCACCUCGAUCAACUCCUGAUGUGCGCACUCUAUGUCGGUGCCAAGGUAACCAAAUUUCAAAUGAAUUUUGAGGCCAUUCUGAACUGCUACCGAGAGCAGUCACAGAAGAAAAGUCACGUGUACCGCAGCGUUUACUUGAGACGCACUGCAGGGCAUGCACCAUAG